AUAAUAAACCAUGUCUGAUAACUACAGUGACAAUGAAAGUUUAAAAUUAUAUGAAAACGAACGAAACGUAAAAUUGAUCAAAAAUCAUAAAUGUACAACAGUCAGUGUGCCAUCUUCAAAAGUUUUACAACUAGUAUCUAUUUUUGAAAACGAAGAAUCGGAAACAAAGUUGAAAUCUCUGUCACAGAGACGGUUGACGACAGCGACAACCACCACGACAGCGGUGGCGCAUGCGGAGGAAACGGAAAAAGCGAAACGAGCUGACGAAGUGGACGGAACGGUUGACGAAGCAGACAAAGCGAACGAAGCGGAGGUGUCGUCGACGGACAGAUCUGGCCGCGCGCCUGCCGGAGGAGCAGCCGUCCAGAGCGACGGGAAUUUCUCAUCUAACGCAUCGUACACGUCCACUGUGUCGGUAACGAACCAAGGCGGCAACUGGAUAGGACAGCGCGACCGGAACCUGUUGUUUGUCAUUCAUCCGUGGUGCAUGCUGCACAAGUCGAGCGCGGACAGGCAGUCGGAAUUCCCGCCGCCCGGGUUUCUGGAACGCCUGAAGGCCAAGCUGAUGGCCCUGCACCGACAGUCGGACGAGCAGCAGCGGCAGCGGCAGGGCCCGGCCGCGGCCGCGGUGGUCUGCAGGCGGCGUCGGCACACCCACCAGAGGAUCAAGUGUUGGUUCCAGUACACGGCCACGGCGCUUGGCGGUGCCGGCACAACGACGGCCAUGACCACUGUCCAGCACGCCGCCCGUCCGCGAAACGAACCGGCGGCGGUGGUCGAUUUCCUGUCCGUUUGGCGUCGGUACGCAAACGUCGCAGCCGCGUGCAGUGCGGCCGAUCGUGGCUGAUGGUAAUGCAGCAGGUGUCCAACACCCGGCGCGCCGUUUUAUAUGCAUUGGUAGCAGAUGACGACGCACCGCGGGUGUCCGCGUCAUGCAGGAUGCGAUGCCAAUCGGUUUUUUCCUUUUUUUUUUUUUUUCUAUGAACUCCGUCGCAAAUCACACAAUUGUUGUAGGUUAUUAGGACUAAUUUAUAACACACAAUAUAUCAAA